GGUGCUGCCUGCAGGGACGUCUUGGCUGAAAUGGCGCGCAGGGGCGCGUUUCGGUUGGUGCUGCGAGCUCUGAAUUGGAGCGGCGGCGGCGGCGGUGGUAAUGCCAACGCCGGGGUAUCCGCGCCCUCGCCAUCUCGGCGACUCUUCGGGGCCGGCUUUGUGUGUGGGUCGGUCCUGGGCUCCUUCGGCUGCGCACUAAUUGUGCACUGGACUCGCCGGCCGCAGGACGAGGAGAAGGCUGAGGGAGAGCUCUUGGAGGACAACCUGCUGGAAAAGUUUGGCCUGCCACUGCUUGGUUCAGACGUCCGUUAUUGCACCAAUCACAUCUCCUCGUAUGAUCAAGCCAAGAGGACACCCAGAUGGGUUCUCGAGCACAUCACAAAAGAAAAAGUGCAAGGAACAGCUGAUCGGAAGCACUGCAAGUUUAAACCGGACCCUACUGUGUCACCCUGUUUCAGCGCCACCAAUGAGGACUACUUCAACAGCGGCUGGAGCCGUGGACACAUGGUUCCAGCAGGAGACAACAAAUACUCACUGAAAGCUAUGGCAGAAACCUUCUAUCUGUCCAACAUUGUACCUCAAAAUUAUGAAAACAAUGCUGGCUUCUGGAACCGGUUGGAGAUAUACUGCCGAGAUUUGACCCAGCGGUACAAAGACAUUUGGGUCAUUUCAGGCCCUCUGACUCUACCAACAACAGGAGCUGAUGGAAAGAAAACUGUUACUUAUGAGGUAAUCGGGUCAAAUGAGGUUGCUGUACCAACACAUCUUUACAAAGUUAUCCUCGCACAAAAGGAUAGUGCGUCAUCUGCACCAUUGUCACUGGGAGCCUUUGUCGUACCCAACGAACCAAUCGGCUUUGAUCAUCAGUUGGCUGAGUACCAAGUGAAUCUACAGACGCUGGAGAAAAUGGCUGGGCUCACGUUUUUUCCAGUCCUGGACAAGACCAGCCAGUGCUGUGACCUCUGUGAAGCAGACACUUGCCGGAUGCUCGACGCCAGGGAGUUCACUCUAUAUGUUGCUGCACGAAAAGUUAGAAGUGCCAGGACUUUACACAGAUUGGAGACGGUUAUGGGCGAACUCCGGGAAAAUGGGAUUCAGCCGGACAAAUACCUGGCGGAUCUGUACCAGCAGAAAAAGCAGGAGGUGGAACUGAAGGAACCAAGCGAAAACCAAGCAGCCAAGGGUGGAUAAGCCACGUCAAAGUCUCGAGUGUGUUUUAUGUCAUAUCACACAGAAACAGACCCUUUGGCCCAUCACGUCCAGGCUGAAUCAUUUUGCAAACCCAUAAUGAUCCCACUUGCUCCCAUAUCCUUCAAUACCUGUCCAUCUAAAUACCUUGAGUGUAGUAAUUAUAUUUGAAUCCACUACAUCCCCAGCAGCGAGUUCCAUAUUUCUUUUAAAACAUACAGUGUCUAUAACAAGUAUUCACCCCCACCAAGGAAGUUUUCAUGUUUUAUUGUUUUAUAACAUUGUGUCACAAUAGAUUUAAUUUGGCUUUUUUGACACUGAUCAACAGAAAAACUCUCGUGUCAAAGUGAAAACAGAUUUCUACAAAUUGGUCUAAAUUUAUUAUAAUUAUUAAACAUAAAAUAAUUUAUUGUAUAACUACUCAACUCCUUCAAGUCCGUAUAUAGUAGAUGCACCUUUGGCGGCAAUUACAGCCUUGAGCCUGUGUGGAUAGGUCUCUAUUAGCUUUGCACAUUUGGACAUUGCAACUUUCCCCCAUUCUUCUUUACAAAACUGCUCAGGCUGUUAUCGGUUUGCAUGGAGAUCUGGUGAACAGCCCUUUUCAAGUCCAGCCACAAAUUCUCAAUUGGUUUGAGGUCAGGACUCUGACUCAGCCACUCCAGGACAUCAAUUAUGUUGUUUUUAAACAAUUCCUGUAUAUCUUUGGCUUUAUGCUCGAGGUCAUUGUCUUGCCAGAAAACAAAUCUCCGAAGUCGUAGUUCUCUUGCAGACUGGAUCAGGAUUUCCCUGCAUUCACUUUACCCUCUAGCUUCACAAGCCUUCCCGGUCCUGCUGCAGUGAAGCAUCCCCACAGCAUGAUGCAACCACCACCAUGCUUCAUGGUAGGGAUGGUGUGUUUUUGAUGAUGUGCGGUGUUCGGCUUACACCAAACAUAGCCUUUAGUCUGAUAGCCAAAAAGCUCAAUUUUGGUUUCAUCAGACCAUAGAACCUUCUUCCAGCCAACUUCAGAGUCUCCUACAUGCCUUCUGGCAAACUAGCUGAGAUUUGAGAGAGUUUUUUCAACAGUGGCUUUCUCUUUGCCACUCUCCCAUAAAGCUGCACCUGGUGAAGCACCUGGGCAACAGUUGUAGGCGUAAUCUCUCCCAUCUCUGUCUGAAGCUUGUAACUCCUCCGGAGUUGUCAUAGGUCUCUUGGUAGCCCCCUCUCACUAGUCCCCUUCUUGCACAGUCAGUCAGUUUUUGAGGACGGCCUGCUCUAGGCAGAUUUACAGCUGUGUCAUUGUCAAGAAGGAUUCCUUUUUCUUCUUUGAACAUGUGCAGCUUCCCCACUUGAAAGAGACUGAAUGCGUCUUCCCGAAGGUUUCUUAACUGGAUUCCACUCAAUGACCAAACAACUUUUCCUUUUUCCUCCUUUUAUUUUUCGCAAGUGUGACAGUUUGAUAGUUCCAUCAACCAUUAGUCAUUAGGUGAAAAAACUGGCCACCUCUCCGGACUUCGUAGACGGAUUCUGACCUGCAGACUCCCCGCUCCCUCAUAGACCGUUAUGUUUAUAAACCGGGCGACCCUUCCUGAAGGUUCCCAAGCUCUUCUUAAACCUCACGCCAUUUCUCAGAAGCGCCUGUGCGCGAUGAUCCCCGUGACAAAGCUAGCGCAAACCCAAACCGCAGUGACAGCAGUGCUCUUUUCCAUGAAACAGUCUCUCAAGUUAUUUAAAGUUCAGCAUCUUACCGCAGAUUCCAACGCUGCUCCCGGACUGCCGCUGUGAUGCUGCCGGGUCCUCCCGAUGUUCCGGACAGAAGCAGCGCUCAGGCAGUGAGUUCCAUCCGGUCUAUCAGUGUGUUCUUGCUAUUCCUUCUAAAUUUUAUUUUCUUUUGCCUCUAGGUCCCAAUACUUUCUAGAAACUCUAGUUUGACUUGACAGUCAUAUUCUUUCUAUUUCUUGAUGAUUGACAACUGUACUUCAAGUGACUUGGAAAUUUUCUUGUAUCCAUCUCCUGGACUUGUGCUUUUCAAUAACUCUUUCAUGGAGUUGCUUGGAGUGUUCUUUUGUCAUCAUGGUGUAGUUUUUGCCAGGAUACUGACUCAUCAGCAGUUGGACCUUACAGAUACAGGUGUAUUUUUACAACAAUCAAUUGAAACACCUUUACUGCACACAGGUCUCCAAAUACAGAUAUCCAUUUAACUAAUUAUGUGACUUCUAAAACCAUUUGGCUGCACCAGUGAUGAUUUGGUGUGUCAUGUUAAAGGGGGUGAAUACUCAUGCAAUCAAUUAUUUUGCAUUUUAUAUUUGUAAUUAAUUUAGAUCACUAUGUAGAGUUCUGUUUUCACUGACACAAAAAUGUCUUUUUCUGUUGAUCAGUGCAAAAAAUCCCAAAUUAAAUCCACUGUGAUUGAAUGUUGUAAAACAUGAAAACUUCCGGGGGGAGGGGUGAAUACUUCUUAUAGGCACUGUAUAUAUGUGUUUUAGGGCUUGUCAAAUGGUGUUAAAUAUGUUGUUUAUAGUAUAAUGUGUGCAGUAUUGUAUCUGAUUUGUACCAGGAAGCUCUAGCUUAUGUCCUAUUCUGUGUUAAUUUGGUUAUGUACAGAGAAAGAUGGUAUUAACACUUUUUCUUCAAGUGCAUCUAUGCAUCAAAUGGAAAGCAUUUUACUUAAUUAUUUGAAUUAUAUUUUUACAGCUAUUGACUAGUUACAUGUACACAUUUACAACCUUUUCAAAAAAAAACUUGUGAUAUUGUUAUGUAACAUUCUAAAGGGAGUUUCAAGCCAGCCUUCUGAUUAUCAGUCGUCAAAAAGUGUUAGAACAGUGGAUGAAUGUAGCACUGGAGAUGCUGUAGUUUGGAGCAGUAAACAGUCUCUUGCACGACAUUGGAGGCAAAAGGAUAACCCUGCAUCAGCACUGACAAAGCCAGUAUAAGAGGUGAGAGGGUGGGAUGAAAAUGGCUGAUAGGUGAUAGGUGGAACCAGGUGAGCUAUGAUGCCAGAUGGAGCCAGGCAGAAGGUGGGAGUUAAGGCUGGAAGGUCUGGGACCAGGUAAGGGAGGGAUAAUGGGCAGCUAGAAUUGAUGGAGGAGUGGGUAUGGAGAAGAGUGUACUGGAUGACCAUUUUGCACCUGCGGUCUGUCUGCAAUGGCCAUCUUGUGCUUCUGGCUGGAUGUCAUUUCAUCUCCCCCACUGAUCUGUCUUUGGCCUUCUCCACUGCCACAGCAAGGCUAAACACACAUUAGAAGAACAAUCACUCAUAUUCCACUUGGGUACACUACCAACCCAAUGGGAUGAGCAUUGAGUUUUCCAGUUUCAAGAACUCAUACUCACUGCAUUUUUUGCCCACUCCUGUUGGUGGAUCUCCAGAUGUCUCAAGUCACUCAUCAUCCCAUCUUGGGAAUACAUGGCCAUUGUCACUGUCUGAGUCCAGAAACUCCCAUUUGAACAGUGCUUUUGGAAAACCUGUAAAGUGAAUGGAGAAUCAAAUGAACUGCAACAAUUCAAGAUGACAACCUACCAGCUCCUUACGGACACUCGAAAAGGAUUGUGGAUAGCAGUGUUGCAAUGUCUUACUAAUGUCCCAAUGUUGUCUACUGUGCUGGAUGAAUUAUUCAAAAUUUGGAAUAGGCUGAGGAGAAUAAAUUUUGCCCUUACUGACCUGUUAAGUUAUGGUGCCCUUUGUUUUCUGCAGUUUGACAUUUGAACUAAACAUUUCCUAAGUACUAUACUCUCUUCCUUUCUGACGCUACCUCCUACAUAUAUUUUAGAUACUAUAAUCAACCUUAAUCCAUGUCAGAAAGGUGUAACGGCUAUUAUUUAUAACAUUAUUAUGAAACUUAGGAAAGCUCCAUUUGAUAACAUUAGGUCAGAUUGGGAAAAGGAAUUGGGCCUUACUAUCCCGGCUGAUGACUGGGCGCAUAUUUUACAACUAGUCAAUAUUUCCUCUAUCUGUUCUAAACACUCCUUAAUUCAAUUUAAAGUUGUCCAUAGAGCACAUAUGUCUAAAGAUAAAUUAGCUCGUUUUUAUUCUCAUAUUAACCCUCUCUGUGACAGAUGUCAUGGGGAGAUUGCUUCCUUAACUCAUAUGUUUUGCUCCUGUCCUACUCUGGAAACUUUUUGGAAAGACAUUUUUAAUAUUAUUUCAAAGGUAUUGAAUAUAGAUAUUUCUCCCCAUCCUAUUACUGCUAUCUUUGGAUUACCUAAAAUUUUCAGUAAUCUUUCCCCUUCAGCCCGUAGAUUGAUUGCAUUUCUUACUUUAAUGGCGAAAAGAUGUAUUUUACAACAUUGGAAGGAGAUUAAUGCCCCAAAUACGUUCUUUUGGUUUUCCCAGACGAUACUAUGUUUAAAUUUGGAGAAAAUUAGAAGUAAUCUUUAUGAUUCUUCAGUUAAAUUUGAACAGACCUGGAGAUCUUUUAUUCAACAUUUUCAUUUAAUGUAACUUUUCUUCUCUCUCUGUCCAUAUUUACAUUCCCUUCUUGAUUUUUUAACCAUUUUUAAUGGAGGUCGGGUUUGAGGACAUGAUUGUUUUAAGUUGUUUAACUCUACUUGAUACCUAGUUAGCCCAUUGCUUUGCUUUGCUUUUUAGUUUAGUUGCACAGUGGGUUUUUUUGGGGGUUUUUUUUUGUUUUUUUUUCUUUUCCUUAUUCACUUGUAUGAAAAUUAGGAUACUAUUAUAUUACCUUAUUAUUUUAUAUUUAAAUUGCACUGUUUGUACUGAUUUCUUUUUGUGUAUUAAUAUGUCUUGUAAAGUUAUAUUGCAACAGUGUAUCAAUGCCUAUAUGGUUUACCUUUUGUGUACUAAUUCAAUAAA